AUGAUGAUUAGACACUUCUGGCGAUCAAUUGGUGGCCAAACCAUGAGCUCGUCUUCGGCCUCAGGCGCUGUCAUAUCGGGCAAAAGAAGUCGAAGCAAAGUAGGCAUCGGUUGCGAAGAAGAGGGCAACGCUUCCAAACGCCACAAACCCGAUUGUUGUCGAGUGAAUGACAUGAAUGCUGUCAACAAAUCGCGGAUCUAUAACUUCGGUUACCGUAAAAAACCCGCCGAACUCUUCCGCAAAGAUCUCAUCUCUGCCAUGAAAAUGGCGGACACGGAACAACUGAAUCGCGAGGAAUAUCUGCCAAUCACUGACUCGUGGAGAGAGGAGUGGGAGAAAGGGGUUCAGGUUGCCGUCAAUCCCGACAUUUUACCCGAACCUCAGGUGAAGAUUUUGCGCGAAUGCGUGACGACAGACAAUCCAUUCAAACUCCCGAAGAAGUUAAUUAAGAGUCGUCCCGAAUCGGAACCGAUUGCGUCGAACUACGAGUUAGAUCUGAAGGACUUGUGUUGGUUGGAAGCGAUGACAGAAUGCGAUAUAUGCGGUACUCGGAGUCCUGACGCCGAAGAGGGCAACGAAAUGGUGUUUUGCGAUCUCUGCAACAUAUGUGUACAUCAGGCCUGUUAUGGCAUCGUUGACAUACCCGAAGGCGAUUGGCUCUGCAGGCCCUGCAAGGAGUUCGGUUCCCAAAAGAAUAUAUCAUGUGUUUUGUGUCCAAAUUUUGGCGGUGCCUUAAAGCCAACCAGUAGUUCAAAGCAAUGGGCGCACGUGUCCUGCGCUCUAUGGGUGCCCGAAGUGAGCAUCGGUUGUGUCAGUACAAUGGAACCGAUCACUAAAAUUAAACAAAUACCUCAAACUCGUUGGAAUCUCAUCUGUUCCCUCUGUAACGUCAAACAGGGGGCACCCAUACAGUGCUCGGUGAAGACAUGCAAAAUUGCUUAUCAUGUGAUUUGUGCGUUCAAUCAUAAGCUAAAAAUGAAAGCUAUAGUAGAAAGUGAUAAAACAAAAGGAGUAAAACUGAAGUCCUAUUGUAAGAAACACACAGAAAAAGGUGACGUCGACGACGACGGGAACGUCUUAAAAGCCGAAGCGAAGGGCGAGUCGACUGACAAUCAGUCCUUUUUGCCCAAAACACAACAUGAGAUCGAAAUCGCGACUAAUAUUCCAGAAGAUGAAGACAAACAUGAAAGUGAUUUUUGGAAAUACAUUGAUAUAAAUAAAGUACAACAAGAGUUGAUUCGUACGGACGCGAGCUAUAGUGUGAGCAAAAUGCAGUACUGGAAACUGAAGCGAACCUCCAAUUACGGGGCGUCUCUCAUACCGUUGACGUCUUCGGCACAAUUCCAGGAACAACAACAACAACAGCGAAACGAAAUCCUCAGAAUGCGAGUCGAUUUGGAAAGAAUCCGCAAUUUAUCAUUUAAUGAUACGGAAUCAAUGAGAGUGAAGAACCGCCGGUACAGAGUGUGCAGUUGUCUUAUGAUAAUUCAAGACUUGCUAAAUCCUAAUCCAUACGCAAAAACAUAUGUUUCGCAAUACAAACGCAAACCAGACCACCCCUCACAAGAAGGCGGACAACCUGUUAAUGAAAUGCCGCGAACGGUAUCCACAAACGCGUCCACUAAUCCAUUAAAUGGUUUAAUAAAUAAAAACAAAAGCGAUAAACCAUUGAAUGGGUUGUCGUCUCCGAAACACCAAAUGAAAUACAAUUCAGUGCCAGUGAAUGGUUUGCAUAACAACACUGACAGUCCAUUUAAGAUGCCGUCACCGGACAAGAAGUCGACAAUAAAUUACAGACAGUCUCCGCGUUCUCUCCUUAAGCCCAAACACAUGUCGCCCUCGAAUAUAAUCAAUUCGCCCAAAGAGGACAAACCGUUCGCAUCGUUAGUGCCAGUGUUGACCCGAACCUCAUUUACUGGUUAUAAAAUACCAAAGAAAAAACCGGAACAGAAGUUCACAUUCGAAAUCGACGAAACUAUUGAAAAACUUAAGCGUCGUUUAGACACACAUUUGUUGAGAACUCGUGCCCAACACGGGGUGGACGAGGAGGCACUCAUGGCCUCCGCUCGCAAUGACAUCGACAUGAGAAGACACCAGUCCUCAGGUUUCAAACAUUCACCCAUACAUUGA